UUUUUUUAUCAAAGAGGCUGUGAGGCUGGGUGAGCUUGGGAAUUAGCAGCAGAAGCAGAAGCGAGGAUCUGAGAGAGAGGAGUUUCACUAUGCGGCCAGUCUAAAGGCAGUGAUUCUCUGCAGCCGCCACCCACUGUGUUCCUAGACGAUGGAAAUGGAUUUGAUCACCCCCUUGCACUUUCUGUAAGUAGGUUGCGCCUGGUUAAAGAUGAAUCGCUUGCACACGGCAUGGAAUGCAGCCUGAGCUGGUAUCAUUCAGAAUUCACUCUCCCGGCCGCCUUCCGAAAGAAACUUUUGUUGCUGCUCACCAUGAUCUUCCUGUGGCUCUACAUCUUCUACUCUUGCGCUGGCCUCUGCCUCUCAGUGCCCGGCUUGGGCUACACCAAGGACGGCGGCGGCGGCAGCAGCGUGCCGGGCGGCCUGAAGGUGUCAGCAGGAGGCAGUAUGUCUGAGCUAAGCUCGCAGCCGCGGCAGGAGCCGGUUCUAGCCGCCGCCCGGGAGCGCCUGGUCUUCAGGUCGGCUUCCCGGGACCUGCUGCAGGAUGACCGUGUCGAGCUGACUGAGGAGAGCCCCACGGCCGAGGGCGGCCACUCGCCCAAACCUUUCGAGUUCAACCUGGGAGGCUACGGAGCCAAGAAGCUGCCGCAGGCGAUCAUCAUCGGCGUGAAGAAGGGAGGCACCCGGGCGCUACUCGAAUUCCUCCGAAUCCAUCCCGACGUCCGAGCGGUGGGGGCAGAGCCCCACUUUUUUGACAGACACUACGCCAACGGCAUGGAGUGGUAUCAGGGCCUGAUGCCUAAAACACUGGAUGGACAAAUCACCAUGGAGAAAACACCAAGUUACUUUGUUACCAAGGAAGCAGCUGCCAGAAUCUAUGCAAUGUCCAAGGAUGCCAAGCUGAUAGUGGUUGUUCGGGAUCCUGUCACGCGGGCUAUUUCUGACUAUACGCAAACUCUCUCGAAGAAACCAGAUAUCCCCAGUUUUGAGAGCCUGACUUUCAAAAACAGGACUACAGGCCUGAUUGACACCUCGUGGAGUGCUAUUCAGAUUGGCAUCUAUGCCAAACACUUGGAGAAUUGGCUACAGUACUUCCCAAUGCAUCAGAUUCUGUUUGUGAGUGGAGAGAGGCUGAUCAGUGACCCAGCAGGUGAACUAGGCAAAGUACAAGAUUUUCUGGGUCUGAAGAGAAUCAUCACAGACAAACAUUUCUAUUUCAACAAGACCAAGGGCUUCCCCUGCUUGAAGAAGCCAGAGGGCAGCAGCAAGCCCCACUGCCUGGGCAAAACAAAAGGCAGAACCCAUCCCAACAUUGACCCAGAGGUGGUUCAGAGGCUGAGGGACUUUUACCGGCCUUUCAACAUGAAGUUUUACCAAAUGACAGGACAGAACUUCGGCUGGGACUAAGGUCAAUUUAACCUCAUGUAAUUACGAUAAAGACAUGUGAAUUUUUUGCUAUAUAUAUAUGUAACUUGUACAGAAAUCUAUUUUAUAAUAAUUUAUUUUUAAUUCUUAAGCAAUUAAUUCACUAAGCUGCCUAACCACACUGUACAUAGAUCAGCCCAUAUCUUCUAACAUUCCACAGUUUUUAAUUGCAUUGUUCAUUGAUGGUGCUGUCAUUCAUCGAUUUUUAUGAUUUAAUAUCCAAAAGCACAACUUUUUGUUACGGGUAUUCAGUGUUCAUAGGGUCUAACAAUUGAGCAUUUGACUCCUUGCCUGUCUACAUUGGCUUCAUGUAGAAAGUUCUUGCUGUGAGUCUGCCAAAAAAGCAAAUUGUGAUUAUAUGGUACAAGUCAGCGCAGAGGCUGCACAUAACUGUUGAACAUAAAAUCUUGUUUGCUAUAUCUUGUUUAAAAUCAUUGGUUGUAAUAAAUAUUUUCAAGUCCUCUCAUGAAUAGCAAAUUUCCAGUGUCUUGCUGCAUGAGGCCUUGUUUUGUCUUCUCUAGUUAAUCAUAAAGCCUACGUUCUGUUCAAUUCACAGCAUGACACUAUAGAUUAUUUCAGCACUCUGCAGAGUUUUUGAAAAUUGAGAUCCCUGUACUGAUUCCAAAUAUGCCUGAAUUGCUGUCUCUUCCUCCUCAUCAAUUUAUGACUAAAAUUGGAAAGACAUUCCCCACCCCC